AUGCAGAAAGCGAAUGUAGAUGCCAAGUCAAGUCGAAUAGCAAACUUUCUCUGUAUCAUCGUAUUCAUGUCUGCUGUAUCAAAGGAGGUUGGGAACAAAAUCCAUCCAGCCAGCGAAAUGGAUGAUCCACUAUUCCACUUUGAAUAUGGAUUCUCUUUCAUUCUAUUAAAGGGUUCUUUUCUUCUUACCGAGCUGGCCGCGCUAUUUUCUAUAGUUGUGUACAUGGCAAAACGAGAUGAAAGGACUUUCAACCGCUACAAAAUACGU